AUGGGUUGCAGAGUUGCAGAGAUCUUUUUACCCGAAAAAGCAUACAUGGAAAAGACGUUAAAUAGUGCUUGGCGUGAAGAAGAAAACAAGAAACACAGCUUCACAGUUGAUCGGCUCGGCGUGCAUUGGGACAGGAGGAGAGACAACACCAUUUGGGGGUGCGGUAAAGACGAAGUCGUUUCGAUCAUCAUCUUCGCCUUCUUGGACAACCGUUUCGAAAUCCUUAUACCCGUUCAUCUUAGAUCCAUCGCCUACAAUCUCUUCGCUUUUUCGUUUGUUUCAGGCUUUCAACGAAGUUGCGAUCAUCUUGGUAGAUUGUUGGUUGGUCUAAUGCAAGGACAGAGGGGUGCUAUCGGUUCUUUUCCUGCAACAUUAGGGUUCGAACAUGGUUCAUCAUCAAGUGAUGCAAACGUAAUCGAUCAGCAAAUCUGCUUUGAAAACAAUAUGCAAAACUCUCCAUCAAAUGAUCCGUUUCUGAACUCAACAAAUCAAGGACAGAAUUUAAGUCUGUGGAAUGUUGGUGAACCCAGUUCAAGUUCUUCUUUAAUGAAAUCUUGCCCUGAAUCACCAUCAAGUUUGCUUUCAUUGUGUGAUCAUAACAAUGUCACCAUGAAUCUAUCAAAUUCUUUAUCAAUGGCUACUACUAGUGGUAGUAGUAGUUCGUCCGACCCUUUUGGAUCAUCUUCUGAUCAUAUUGAAUUAGAGGAACGGAGAUUGUCCCGGAAAAGAAAAGCAGUGGAAUUAGGGCAAUCUUCUUCAGGAAUUGGAAUCGGAAGCUCGGACAUGGUUCCAAGGGCGGAAAGUGGUUCCAUCACAUGGCAUGGAAGCGAAGCCACUCCAACUUCGGAAUCAAUUAUUCCGAGACUUGGGUUGAGUGUCGGUGGAGGAAACGAGAAUUCCCGUAGAAAUGUUUUGAGGAUUACUUCUUCGCGUCAACAAGAUAGUAAUAAUAGUAAUAAUGGGGAACCUGAUGUUUCGGGUUUAUAUCCUUCUUUGAGACUUAACCCUGUAGAUUUUAUAACACCGCCUGUAGCAGUGACAUCCGAUGAUUUAUCGAGUCAAAGUGGUCAACAGGCUUUGAGGAUUCCGGCCUUGAGAAGGAACGUUCAAUCGACAUCGAGGUGGAGUAGGAAUCCAAGCUCGAGAGCCAUUCGAUCAUCAAAUCUUGUUAUUUCCGGCGAUCGGAAUGAGCCUGAUUCUAUUUCCGACCAUCCUCUGUUCGCCCAGCUGAGUGACACGAGAACCGCUCUCCAAACUGAACUCAACUGGAGUUCAAACGGUGGUGGUGGGGCCGUAAGCAAUGUCGGAAUUGGUGUUUCCGAUUCUUCUCGAGCCUCACCGAGUUCAGGGCCGAUUCCGACAUCAGCAGCACCUAAUUCCAUUCCACCUCGUGGCUCCCCGCAUUAUCAUCCUCGAAGGCUAUCCGCAUUUCUUCGUAGGUCUUUAUUGUCAGCUUCUGAUUCCGAAGCUGGUGGUGGACCGAACAGUAAUCUUUUCCCUAGAUUGCCGCCAGCGAUUACUACUUCGGAAUUAGGAAUUCCGAUUCCGCCUGUAGUUAGCAGCCAAGGACAACAUCAUCAACCUCACUCGAGAUCCUCGGUAUUGCUCGGUAGACAGCUCGAUGGUGCUUUUGGGGUUCCGUAUCUUUCACGAACCAUGACAGGUGGAAGCGAAGGAAGAGGCAGACUCGUGUCUGAGAUUCGCAAUGUGUUGGAUCUCAUGCGCAGGGGUGAACCCUUGCGGUUUGAGGAUCUAAUGAUCUUAGAUCAAUCGGUUUUCUAUGGGAUUGCGGAUAUUCACGAUAGACAUAGAGAUAUGAGGCUUGAUAUUGAUAAUAUGUCUUACGAGGAGUUAUUGGCUUUAGAAGAGCGGAUUGGAAACGUGAACACGGGAUUGAAUGAAGAGACGAUUUCAAAGCAUCUGAAGACGAAACAGUAUGUGGCUGAAACGGGUCAGCCUGAUGCAGAACCUUGCUGCGUAUGUCAGGAGGAAUAUCAUAAUGGAGACGAUCUUGGAACAUUGGAUUGUGGGCAUGACUUCCAUCACGGUUGCAUCAAACAAUGGCUGCAACACAAGAACUCCUGCCCGAUUUGCAAGUCAACAGGAUUUGCGAAACUGUGAGGUCAUUAAUGAAAAUUUCAUUAUUUCUUGGAUCGAAAGUAAAGGUGUAUUUUGAAAGAAAUGUUGGCAAAUAAUAUUCUUUGCCUGGUAUCGAUUAAAGUUAUAUUUAAAUCUUGUUAUUUUUUGUAUUUUUUUUCUAAAUCUUGUGGCACCUCAACUUAUGUCAAUUUUCCAUUUAUUUAUGCUCAUCAACACUUGCUUAAUGAUUUUCUAUGAUAAGACACUAUGUUUAUGCAACAAAGUUGUUUUAUCAAUUUAUAAAAGGAU